AUACCCGGAAAGGUUUCUUUUCCAUUUAUAAACAGGCUACCGCUGAUUAUUAACUUAUCAUUAUUAUAUUACACAAUCAUGAAUAAACAAAUCGAGUCUUUAAGACUCUCUGAGAAUUUAACUGCAAGAUCCAUUUAAGUGCCGGGGCACGUUAAUAGGCUAAUUAGCUGAUAAUUUGUAUGGCCAACUUGGAGUGGGAACUGCAUGGGUAGAGAGCAAGUCAAUCAAGAUCGUGACCAUGCUCUAUGUAAGCGGAAACUUCCCGGACUUCCCAGCACCUCGUCGCUCCGCUAACUGCUCAAAAUCGGAGAGCACUUGGAUCGUAAAUCGCGAAUGGGCCUGCGCUGAUUACAAGCGUCGAAGGUAAAUCUCUAUACUCGGGACUAGCCUGCUCACCCCUUCGGAAGAAUGUGCAAUUAUUAUAAUAGCUGGUCGAAGCUCCAAGCUGCCAGACAUUCGUAUAGCCGGUGCGAUCGUUGGUUCGCGUAAGUAUCGCGAUUAGAUUUAAGCCGACAGCCGUGAAGGGAUGGAGUCUUGGCUGAAGAUAUCGUUUAUGCUCUGCAUGUUCGGGUUCCUGCGGGAACUGAAACCCUCGGAGCCCUACCACACUGAGAUCCUGAUGGGCGAGUGGUACCACGUCACCCAGGACGAGCUGAACCGAUCGGUAUUUCCCGUGGGAACGUACUCCUUCCUGGCACUCCUAAUCUUCGUCUUCCUUAUAACGGACUUGCUUAGAUACAAGCCCGUGAUUAUCGCGAAUGCAAUUACGGGAAUUAUCGUUUGGGGAUCUCUGAUCUGGACAACUUCGCUGAGCGGCCUGAUGACGAUAGAGGCUUUCUAUGGGUUCUACCAGGCCGCCGAGGUGGCCUACUACACGUACAUCUACGCCAAAGUGGACAAACAGUAUUAUCCCCGGGUGACCUCGCAUGCCCGGGCAGGCAUGUUUAUCGGCAAACUGGUGGCCGGAAUUUUAGCCCAACUGGUGAUCGGAAUGCAGUGGAUGAGCUACAAGCAACUGCUUUACAUCUCCGCCAGCACUCAAGUUGCGGCGCUGCUUUGGGCCUGCGGCUUGCCGAAGGUGGAAAAAAGUUUGUACUUCCACAAUCGAACCGAAGCCAUACAAGAGGCUAGCCAGUCGGAUGGUGGAGGCCUAGAGAAGGGAUCGGAGGAAACGGAUCCCAAGGAGACGGAACCGAAGACAAUGCCCAAUCCAAGUAAGAAGAUCUCAGCCGGGAAACUCCUCUGGUCGCAUUUCCGUAGUGCCUAUACCAAUCCCAUUGUGCAGCAAUGGAGCUUAUGGAAUGCCCUAAGCCUGGCAGGUUUCCUGCAAAUCUCCACCUAUAUCCAGGUGGUCUGGAAGUCCUUCGAAAAUGAACCAACCAUUAUUUGGAACGGAGCUGUGGACGUUGCCUUCACUCUUCUGAGUGCCAUCUGCGCCCUACUCGCCGGAUACUUCCAUGCUGGCCGUUUGAGCACCAGGAGCAGCCUGCUCUCGAUGGCUCUACUUUCGAUCCUUGAGGGUGGUUGCAUGCUCCUUUGUUGCUGGACCGGUAGUAUAUACCUGUCAUACCUUGGUUAUGCGGUUUACGGAGGAUUAUUCGCCUUUACCAUAACGGUGGCUACUUCUGAAUUGGCCAGCAGCUUGUUGGAGGAUAGCUUCGCCUUGGUUUUCGGCUUCAACUCGUUUAUUGCUCUCAUCCUGCAAUGCAUCCUGACCCUUGUCGUUGUCUCGGAAAAGGCAAAUCUAAAUCUGGAUGCUUUUCAGCAGUUUACUGUCUACGCCAUCUGUUUUAUAGUAAUUGGAGUAGUCUACGCCAUGGCUGUUUUAAUACACUAUUUAUGGUCAUGCUCGAAGAGUUCUAAAACACUCAAAAUCCAAACUAUUGAAAAUCAAGCUACUUAAGUAUUGAAAUAUUUUGUUCUUGUUAAAGUUUUUGGUUAAAAUAUAAUUUAUAAAUAAAAUAUUAUUUUCCCAUUAA